UCCCUUUAAGCGUCGUCAGGCCAACGGCGUGUUGUCUUCCGCCAAUGAUCAGCGCGCACGCGCACAGCAGAUUGGUGCAGCUGAGGAGUUUUGCGAUCAAACGUUGUGGCACUUUCGUUUGUGAUGGCGCAUUACAGGGCAUCCGAGUCAAAGCGAGAGCAGUUCAGGAGGUAUCUGGAGAAGGCUGGAGUCCUAAACAGCCUCACCAAUGUCUUGGUGGCUUUAUACGAGGAAACGGAGAAACCCAACAAUGCCCUGGACUUUAUCAAACAUCAUUUGGGCGUUGCUGGAUCUGAGUCUGACGAUGCAACAAGUUUGCAUCUGGAGUUGAAUGAUUUACAGCAGAAAUUUCAACAGCUCCUGGAAGAGAAUAAGGAGCUGAAAACCAGGCUUCUGCAGUAUGAACCUCCGCAAGAAGAUGGGACGGAAUAAAGAUCCUUGGUUUUGACAUUAAAAUAAAAUUUCUUCACUUAAAAAAAGUA